CAAUAUUCAUUUCUAGCAGCUCAUCCUUCUCUUUCUAUUUUCAAUACAUUUUUUCUGACUUUUUCUAAAAAAAUUGUGUGUGAGAGCCAAAUAUGGAUACGAAGAUGUCAGGUAUCAUUGCUCCAUCUCAGAGUAAGCAGAUGGUCACAAAUGGGGUGCCUAAACAAGUUCAUCAUCAGCCGCAGCAGCAGCAGCACAACCUUGGUGCUCGUGUCCUUGGAGAAACUGGCGCAGGGCGAGGGGCUCGUUUGCUUGGAGACGGUCGUUCCCACCGAACACAUGGGGUGUCCGAUGAGACUGAGUUGAGUAAGAGGAUUCUUGCCACUCAUGAAACUGAUGAGCGUGGGAUUCAUGUCAAGUCUGUUCUCAGCAUCAUUGAAGUCAUAUUUUACCGUGCAACUGCCGACCUUCCUGGUUAUUCACCGGCUCCCUUAACAAAAUCGUUGGACAUUGUUGCACACGAUGAGAAGGCCGUGCAAUCUGCUGUUGAGCUCCAUGACAUGGUCGAACUCCCAGCCAGGAUCGUCAGUGCAAUUUCCUGCGAGAUUUUCAGCAAGUGCUCAGCUGGAGUAGACGUGAACACAAUAGUAAUGGACAUACUACAGUUGAUCAAGCACUACAACUGGGAUUCAAAGGUGUUGCUAGUCUUGGUAGCAUUCGCCAUCACAUUUGGCGAGUUUCGGCUUGUUGUUCAGCUAUAUUCAUCAAAUCCACUGGCCAAAGCGAUCGCUCUUCUCAAGCAACUGCCAGAAAUAUUGGAGCAUGCUGCUGCUUUGAGACCAAAACUCGAUGCUCUCUUUGCUCUGAUUAAUGAAAUUCUUGACGUGACCAAGAAAAUUGUUGAGUUUUAUGACAUUCCUAGAAGUGAUUACUUCACUUCUGAUUCCCCUGAAAUUAUAGCCGCCUCUUCUCACAUCCCCACCGCUGUGUACUGGACCAUCCGGAGCAUAAUUGUUGCAGCAACUCAAGUUUUGGCCCUCACUGGCAUGGGAAUCGAGUACUUAACAGAGCCAUGGGAGCUGUCAUCCUUGGCUCAUAAGCUCAACAACAUAAAAGGGCAUCUUAUGGAUCUAAUUGAACGCUGUCAUAGAGUUAUCCAGAAGAGGAGGGAAGAUGAAUCUUUCGAGGCCCUUGGACGCAUUUUCUCAAUCACUCACAUUGAUAACACAAAGCCUCUUUCUGCUUUGUUCUACUACAACGAUGGCCAGCCACCACUGUACGAUUGCUACAGCAAGAGAAGGGUUACAACUGAAGAGUAUAGGAGAAAGGUGGUAGCACUGUUCAUUACAGAUUUAGACCCUGAGCUCGCGCGUAGUACCGAAUACUCAAUCUUGCAACAAAUGUACGUCGAUAAGAGGCAAAGCGCAACAAGGGCCCAGAGUCAGUACGAGGUGAUUUGGGUCCCCAUUUCAGACUAUUGGACUGAUGAAAAAUACAGAUUGUUUGACACCAUGAGAGACCAAAUGGAGUGGCACUCCAUUCACCACCCUUCGGUGGUGCCUUCAGUGGUCACCAGGUACGUCAAAGAGAAGUGGAACUUCGCUAAGAAACCUAUGCUCGUAAUUAUGGACACACAAGGCAAAAUCGCGCACCAUAAUGCUAUCCACAUGAUGUGCAUUUGGGGAAGCCUUGCUUUCCCUUUCUCAAUGACCCAAGAAAAGUUACUAUGGGACGACAUGAGAUGGUCCAUUGAGCUCGUCGCUGACAACCUCGACCCAAAUAUGGGCAUCUGGCUCCAAGACAACAGACACAUAUGCUUGUACGGAGGAGAAGACGUAAACUGGAUCCGAAAGUUUACAAGGAUUGCCAAAGAUGUUGCUGUAGAAUCCGGCAUCACCUUGGAGUUGCUUUACGUGGGAAGGAGCAAACCCAAGGAGAGAACAAUAAAGACCGUAAUCGAUGUAAUCACCAAAGAGGGAUUGAGCAGAACACUUGACUGGAAUCUCAUUUGGUAUUUCUGGAUGAGGCUAGAGAGCAUGUGGCAUUCCAAGGGUCAGCUAACCAAGCCCGAGGACGCAAAGAAGGACCCCAUAUUGUUGGGGAUCAUUGCAAUGCUGAGCUAUGGCUCCAGCGAGCAAGGGUGGGCCGUGAUCAGCAAGGGUGUUGGUGAAAUGGUUAAGAGCAAUGGGGAACACUUGUUCAAGGUCCUAGCCGAGCACGGCCGGUGGAAGAUGAGGGAGGAAGUGCUAGGGUUUGUGCCUGCUAUGGGUGAGUACCUCAACCAGGUCCAUCUUGAGGCCCCACACCACUGCACCAGCCUCAUACUGCCUGCCACUGGAGCCAUGCCUGAAACUGUGGCAUGCUCUGAGUGUGGCCGCCUCAUGGAAAGGUUCACCAUGUUCCGCUGCUGUCUUGACUGAUCGAGCUUGCAAUAUGUGAUGGAGAUCUUUCGAAAAUGGGGACCUUAGUAAAGGCUACGGGGUUUGUUGUUUUUUAAAAGUACAAGUGUACUACUAUUGCUUGUAGUUGCUUGCUUAUUACUACUACUAUUAUUACUACGAAUAAUGAAAACAUAGCCUAUCUUAAGGUCCUCACAACUUUGUACCCAUGAGGUUACUAUUUUGUGAGUUUUUUUUUUCCAAUUGACGUUAUGUAAUUCACAUAAAUGAGAAUAAUAAAUGUCAUUGAUUCGGCAAUACUAUGAUGCGAUAAUAUAUCAUAUAUUUAGUUAAA